AUGCGAUCAGCAACACCCCUACAGCUCUUGCUGCCUCUUCUCUGUCUCCUCCCCACGUCGCUCUCUACAGGCAACUCGCAGCGAAGUCCACCGGGCAAGAAUGCUAUCCUCCUCUCCCAGGUCCACUCUCUUACGCUGCGAGGUGGUCGACUCACCAGCUCCCGUCGCGUAUCGCCCGUCCCGCAACUAAAAUGUGUCGGUCCUUCGAAGCGCAUAUGCAACAUGUACGAACUAGAUGCUAUGAGGUGUACAAAUGAUGGCUACGGUUACGAUGAAGAGGACGUCCAGUGGACCUGCACCGCGUCGCUCCCUGGCGAAUUCAAGCUUGGUUCGACAGAUGUGAUGUGCGAGGGCUAUCGCAACUCAGACGACCCGUGGGUUCUGAAGGGAAGCUGCGGGGUGGAAUAUCGACUGCUUCUGACCGAGCAGGGAGAGCAGAAAUUUGGACAUGGCUCUUUCGACGAAAACAACUGGUGGCGAAGUCAAAAGCCGGGGACAAGGUUUAACGAUUCUAACUCACUCCUGAAUUCUUUGGGUAACCUGCUCUUCUGGGGCAUCUUUCUCGGGGUUUUCCUCUGGAUCGUCUUUGCGAUGCUAUGGGAAUGCUUUGGUGGGGAAAGAAACCCGCCGCGACCCGGCCGCCGCUGGGGCUGGGGUGGUGGUGGUGGUGGUGAUGGAGGACCGUAUCCUGGUGAUCCUCCUCCACCGUAUAAUAGCAGCGAUUCUUACAGCCCUAUGUCUGGACAAGGUUGGAGACCGGGAUUCUGGACGGGAGCUAUGACCGGUGGUGGGAUUGGGUAUGGUCUGGGAAGGAGAAACGACCGCUACGAUUCGCCAUAUGGGGGAGGGCGCAGGCGUGGUUAUGGUUCACGAGAAGGGAGUUCGUCUUCCUCAUCCCGUUUCUCAGCGCCAUCGUCGAGCACUGGCUUUGGCUCUACGAGCCGCAGGUGA